GUUAACGUUCCGCGUUUCCACACUCUAGUUUCUUUAAAUGUGCUGAUCACCACACGACCGCAACAAAAGAUUGAACGGGAGGUUUCACACAUCACUUCAUUCCUAUGGGCCGGAGGUGCACAUACGUCCUUCUCCGCAGACGCGCCGCAUGCGAAGGCCGCCCACAGCGGGAGCUUUGCCCGACGAGUGGUGAGAAGGGCCCUCGUCUCGAGGGCAAAUACACGAGUCUAAGCUGUUCCGAGAAAGGAGAAACAGAGUCGGCGAGACAACACCCUCUAGUGCGCGAGGAUGCUGGGGGAGGGAGAAGUGCGAGCGAAACCUUUCCAGCGGCGACGUGACCCAAAUACACAAGCGCGGCAAAGGAGUCGGCCUCUCCCUUUUGUGGGUCAGCCCGCGCCGUCGUUUCCGCCCUGGCGGUCGCCCACGUCUCGGCUUCCCCCGGCGCCACACGGAACGCGAAAGGCAAAUCGGCCGCAACACAACACGACGGCGAUGCCGAGCCAACGCAGGGAAUCCACUCAUCUGCCCCCGUCGACUCACGCAAGAGGAGACCCGAGCCGCCUCGGCAGCCACAACAAUUCGGCCUCCGCGAGACCAGACCGGUCGUGACGUCCUGCUCUCAAACGACACCGUGCGCAAAAGAAAAAGGGCCAGGUGGCUGCUGGCGACAGACUGGUCAACGCGACGGUUCAGUGCCACGUCGGGGCUUCGAAAGAGCGCGCAGAAGCAGCAACAGCAGCCAGAGUAGCAACGAAGCUGGCGCGCCGUUGUUUUUUGCUGCAUACUCGCCUGAAUCCGAAAGCAGUUCAGUGAGGUGAAUGCCUAGUGCUCGGCGAAGAGAUUGCGCGUGCUUCUCAGUGUACUGAUUGCAACAAGUGGCCUUGGACAGCGUGCGGCAAACACUGAAGACACGCAGGCAAGCCGGUGUUAGAUGUGUUUCUGUUUGUGAAGUCAAGACGCCAUCGAACGGUGUGGUUAGUUCAAAGCUUGUGAAACCUUUUUUUGUGACGGCGCCAAGGCCAGAUAAUACCAUUUACGUGAAACACGAUGGGUACUUCAUGCAUGCUGUGUUGAGUGCGGCUUUCAACGAAAGGAUGCUUGCUUCAGGUACGUGACGUUUAACGAGGUUUUAUGGAAGCCUGCGUUGUACGCUGCAGUAUAGGCGUCACGUUAUUGCGAAAGUGAUUGCUAGUUAAACAGCAAGCAUGCCUUGGUGAUUUUCGGGACAUAAGGUGCAUUUGAGGAUCCUGCCAUUGACAACUGUAACCGGUCUCUCAUAAAGGAUUAGCAUCCGCUCAAUGUUUGUGAUCAAGAACAGUGACCUACGUCGAGGAGCUUGCUACUAGACCAACGUUCUUGAAGGUUCUCUUCAGAGCAGCGCCCAAAAUGAGAGCUCUGGUGGUCAUCUGCUUUUUCGUGACGGCCUCGUUUGCUGAGGCCCGCCCGAAGUGCCCAAGCGGAAGUACUCAAAUUUACCCCUGCAAAUGCACUAGAAGCGAAGACGUUGGACUUCAUAUUGCGUGUGAUGGCGUGAACUUAGCCAUGAUGUCACGGGGUUUGGGCAACGUGCAGCACCCUAUAGCUAAUCUCACUAUCACCGGAUCCUCGUUCAAAAGGUUGUUUGGUGACGUCUUCAGCGGAUUGCAAGUCAUAAACCUUACCGUAGCGCACGGAUCUCUUGCCUCGGUUGCCAUCGAUGUUAUGGACCACUUCAACGAAUCGCUGAAGUUGCUCAGCUUUGAAGACAAUGCCCUCACUGAGAUUCCCGUGGAACUUAUUAACAAGUUUAGGAACUUGACGUCUUUGAAUCUUGCGCAUAACCGAAUCGAGGUUAUCCCUGCCAACGCAUUCGGUGCCUUGAACAUCCUGUUCGAAUUGCGCCUUGAUCACAACCUAAUUUUCAAAGUUCACCCCUCUGCGUUCACAGGACUUAAUAGACUUGAAAGGCUAGAGAUGCACCAUAAUAAAAUGGAGAAGAUAGAACGAAAUACUUUCCGAUUUGCUCGAAAAAUCAAAUACUUAGAUUUGUCCUACAACAAUUUCACGGCGUUCCAAAAGAUUGACUUCAACCAGCUUACGAAUAUGUGGUUUCUAAACAUAUCAAAUAACCGAGUGAAGACGUUUCCACGAGGCAUGUUCGUCGCCAAUGCCAUCCUUCGUGUUAUCAACAUGUCUUACAAUGAACUUCCUGAAGUUGAUGCCAACACUGUGAAAGGCGUAAGGUUCCUUCGAGACGUUUACUUCAGAGGAAACAGGAUAACAAAGGUACACAAGCAAGCAUUCGUGUCUUCUAAACAUAUUCGUACUAUUGAUUUAGCCCAUAACCUGAUGGAAGAUGUCGGUUAUGAGCAGUUCAAAGAUUUUCAGUGGCUUGAAAAACUGGAUCUGAGCUACAACAAGAUUUCUAAGAUUGCUAGCUCAGCCUUUUUAAAAAUGUACCAAGUUCACAUUGAUUUGAGUCACAAUAACAUCAGCUUCAUCGGAGACAUGGCCUUCCAAGAGUUGUCUAAUGUUACCUUGUUUGAUCUCUCACAUAACAACAUUACCACCCUUCCAAAAAAUGCAUUCUACUUAUCUGACGUCACUGUUCUUCUCCUCAACCACAACAACAUAAGUGAUUUUAAUAUGGUACCAGUCGCUAACAUUACUGGAAUCAAGGUUCUUAACAUGACUUUCAACAAGAUCAACGAGCUAAAUCGAAAGGCAUUUACGAAGAAGAGGUUGUAUGAGCUGCACACCGUUGAUUUUAGCUACAACAACAUUAGUGAAAUCUCUGGAUCCGUUUUUGAGAAGUUGGCCGGCGUGCGAUUUAUAAACCUCAGUCACAAUGUCAUAAAGAAGAUUGGCUACAGCACUUUUGGGUCGAUUCCAACGUUGCUCGAACUGGAUAUAAGCCACAACAAUAUCAGUGACGUUAGCCACGGUGGGCUCUCGGCCAUGGUCAGUGUUCGCCUGAUAAGAGUCAAUGACAACAAGAUUAAGCGAAUGUUCAAUCUUCCAAUAGCGCUGAAUGAACUUCAUCUACAAAACAACCAAAUCGCGCAUUUUGGCCCUGGAACAUUCAGGUCGAUGAAUUCCUUGCUAAGGCUUUACCUAGAUAGCAAUAAUCUCACUCGACUAGAAAGGGGAUCCUUCUCUAAUCUACUCACACUGCAAACGCUCUCUCUUUCCAACAACAGCAUAGACCGGAUACCUUGGGAAGCACUGCAGGAUCUUAGUUCUCUUCAGUACUUAUACCUGAAUGACAAUAAGAUCAAAGCGCUCCCGAAGAAGGCGUUAGGACGCCUUCCAGUCGUGUUCGAGCUCCGGCUCCAGAACAAUCAGAUCAACAACGUCACUGAAUACGCUUUUGAAGGCAUGCUGCAGCUCAUUCGUCUCAACCUGAGCUACAACAACAUCUCCUUCAUCCCGCCAGAGGCGUUCAAGGGUCUCGUUUCGCUGCAGACUCUUGACCUCUCGCACAACUUGCUCAACAAACUUGAAAACAAAACCCACGGCCUGCUGGACGAUCUACUGUCGCUUUCCUCCAUCAACGUCUCUCACAACGAGGUUGCUUUCGUGACGGAAAAGACAUUUCCUCGAUCACCUUACAUUCCGUACAAGCUUAAACAUGUCGAUCUCAGCCACAACUUCAUUUCGGUUCUUACGAACAGCUUCGACGACGGCCUUGGAAAAGCGGAGUAUCUCGACUUGCGCCAUAAUCUCAUCAAUGAAGUUUACCCCAACGUUUUGAGAAAUCUUACCAGCCUAAAACAUCUCGACAUGUCGCACAAUGACCUGAGACACAUUGCUAAUGGCGCUCUCGUACUGCCUGAGAACGUCAGCUGGGCAGACUUCAGCCAUAACAAGAUCUUCUCAAUUGACCUGCGGGACUUUCUGGCAUCUCAGCAGCUGCAGCACCUUGACCUGCGGUUCAACAACGUGACAAUGUUUGAAGAGGAAUACAUGGCGAGAAUCAAGAAUGGCCUACGCCUUUAUUACGAAGGAAACCCACUGAACUGCGACUGCCGCGUCAAGUACCUGCGCCAGUGGCUGGGCCACAACCCUCAAGCGACCGAGUGGAACGACGUCGUCUGCCACUCUCCUCACCACUUACACAGGCGCCACCUUGCGGACGUCAGCCCCGAUGUCCUCGAAUGCCUUACCGACGAGGAGCGUGCAAUAAAGGGCGAGGAAGACGGGUCAUUAGUCGACCUGAAAUUCAGGCUUGUGGAUUCACCAUCCAAGAGAGCCAUACGGUUCGCCUGGUAUGUGGCCACGAAGGAGGAUGUGUCUGGUUUCCGGGCUAUAGUGAGUGACGUGUCUACAAGCAGCCUCAUGAGCGAAACGGACAUUCCUUAUCGGUACAGAGAGUACACUAUCGAUGGUCUCGAGUCGUCAGUGGAAUACAGGCUAUGCUUAGUCGCCCUGGACUCUACAGGAGAAGCCCGCGUUCUUCCUAUGCGCCAGUGCAGGACAGUUACGCCAGUCGGUGCCGCAACACGGACAGUGAAAAUUGUGCCUGUGUUGAUCGUUCUACUUGCUGCAGUCGCCACUGCCAUGUGUUCAGAGCUCUGGAUCUCGAGCACAUGAGCGCACGGGUUUUGGGGAACAUUGCCAGAGGGUUUGUGUAUCACAUUAGCUAUGUCUCCACGUGUGGUACCUGGGACGUCAUCAACUCAGGGGUUCAAUGCAUGCAUGUGUAGCGAAAAACACUGCCAAAUUGCAUGUUAAGGCCGGUGAGCAAACAAAUUUCAGGAUGACUCACCACAUUUUCGUGCGCAUCGUCUUAUGCACGAAACCUCACACGAAGAUUACAGGACAAAAAAAGCCCGCAAGAUAUCUUAACGCACAUUACCGGGGUAACUCAAAUGAAAUAUAUUAUCAAAAACUCAAAAAUGGUGUUGUGCAGCAAACACAUAUUACUCAGAACAGUUUAAUGAGCAUUCGUAAAAUUUGGCAAUAUUUUGCAGUGUUAACUUCCAUAAAAUCUAAUCAGAGAUCGUCGUGGUAAGUGCCUUGUACGUGUGCUGGGGAUGUCUUCUUAUUCUUAUCAUCUCCACCGCCAUUGUCAUGCUGUGUUCUCGUUGUCGAACUUUGAUGUAUAUUUUGGAGGCAUCAUUGUUCUUGUGCGUUGCACCAUCAACGUCAUGUUAAGGGUGCUCUGGCUAGAACAUGUUAUCAUGUUGACAACUGUUAUCGUGGGCAAAUAGUACAUGGGCUUGACUCAGAUUUGUGAAACAAAGAAAGAAAUGUAACUUUGUUGACCAUUUAAAAGUUUAUUUGUCAUCAAUAAGCGUUAGUUUUACCCACAUGUAAUCUAAGGGCUGAAUGUGACUCUCGUCCCUGUAUAGCUUAACAUAAAUGUUAAGAUAAUAAAUUCCUAUAUACAGUGCGCAGGAAGAAACGAAUGGUAACCAUCGCCACCCUUUCAUCUACACAUGAGAGAAAAAUUCACCCUUAUUUCCCCAAGUUUCUUUCAUUAGCAAGACUACGUGUUAAGCUAGUCGGUAUUUUAAUCUUGUUCUUCCAAUGGUAACUUUGCACAAAGUGGCUCAACCCCUAAUCAGUUUAUAUAACUGUUUUUCGUUUUUAUUUGAAAGCAAACGAGGAUGCUAAACAAAGCAAAAGCGUCCGUUCGUCAAAAUCUCCAUUGGAGCUGUUUAUUUCACAUCCAUGACAUACGUGAAAGUUUACGUCGGUCCGAGAGAGCAAUGCGUUAAUGACCGCAUAAAGGAGCUGGCUCUUUAAGAGGAGUGUGAACACCUGGUUGUGCACGUUACUGGUUUUGCACGUUAAGGUUGUGAACUCUGUGAAGGACGUUACGGGGGACAAAGAUUUAAGGUAAGAGCAAAAAUAGUGCGUCUCCCCUGGUCCAGGAGGCAUAUUUUUAUCAACCACGUGUCUGGGGGCAUCAGCGAAGCGUCCACUAUAGCCAGCACAAUACCGGGUAUAAUUCUACAAACGCCGCUCUUUGACACGUGCAAUUUUUCCGGCUCGGUUUGUUUGCGCAGUGAUGUGGUGAUGCAUGCGCACAAUAUAGUACUUAUGGGGGUGUUUUCAUAAGAAUAAAGAGUUUAUAUUAGCA